GUUGGAACCUAAUCAUACAUUGGCAACCCAACGUCUUUCUGGACGUAAAAAAAACAAGGAACGUCUCUUGAUUGUGUUGUGUGCAAACGCGGAUGGCUCUCACAAAAUAGAUCCACUUUGGAUUCUUGAAUUUGAUCGCCAAGUUGGUUUGAAGUAUCAGGGCCAACGUGUGCUUUUACUUCUUGAUAACUGCCCUAGCCAUGAUAUUGGCAAUAUUACUCUUCGAUUUACUGAGAUUCUUUCUGCAAAUGCCAACUCUGAUUUACAAAGUUCUUUAGAGAAUUUUCGCCAAACCACUAACCCAGUUCUCAACGAUAUUGCCGAUACACUUAACAUCCUUAACCUUCUUGACUCUAUACAAGUUGAAGAGUAUUUGGCAAUCCCUGAAGAAAAUAUCGCUUAUGAAGUUCCUUCCAAUGAUCAAGUUAUUACAGAGCUUGUUGAAACAUUUAGAACAAAUAAACCAAUAAACAUUGACUUGGAAGAUGAAGAUGAUAGCUUUGAAGCCCCCAUUGUUAGUACCAACAUGGCAAUUGCAAGUUUGAAAACCAUGU